AUGGAAGGGGACUCUUCGGUAGCCACAACCCCCAUAGAUCUGCGGAAGUUUCUUGAGGAUUAUCAAAAUAAAUUGUCACCCACUGCUACCGAAACGCCGUUCUUCCUGGAAUCUAACCCUAUGCUCGUGGACGUGAGCGAAGGUUGUUCUCUGGAUCAGAUUGCAUCACCGGAGGAUACCUCAAUAUCCGUAUUUCAACCAGGUGCCGAAUUCUCACGAACCACCUUUCAACCGCAGGAGGGCCAAAAGUUACCCAGAACAUUCACCGCACUGGCCCAGCAAAAAUCCCGAUCUCGUAAAUGUUCUUUUGGGCGCACACCGUACACCUAUAAGUUAAAUACUCUCCCUCUGGUGGAAAGUGAUCUUUCCCUGCAAAAUAACUGGGAACUGGAGCUGACGAUUCGCCUGUACAGGCCACCCCGCGCUUCGCACAGGGGCUUCAAGGUGGAAAGCCCUGUCUUCGCAGAGGAGUACGUUUGCCUGGGGAGCAACCUCCUAACAGAGCUACGUGACAAAAUAAGCUGCAUUUGCAAAGGGAAACGCUUCGUGGACAUCAGCAGCAAUCCGGAUGCUCCACUUCCGACCAUCACAUCCAAUUCUGGGUACUUCUUCAUCAACAACACUUUCUACAAUGACAUGCGGAAUCCCGAGAACUGCGACUACUCGGCCACGGUGAUACGGUGGGCAGGCGCUGCAGAUGUCGUUCAGCGCGAACCAUUCAAAGUAGAGAACAUGGAGGGAAAGCGUUUCAUCGAUCUCACCGUGACUCCCGGAUCUCCGCUUCACUACCUGCAUCACGGAAACUGCGAGCAUCUCUUUGUUGUGUCGCAAGUCGAGGUACUUACGCCAAGCAGCAAACGGCCCGAUCGCAGUGUUUAUCCCUAUCCGCGCUCCAUUAACGUCUUCAACCGAAGGACCUGCUACAUGUGCGGCUUGCGAAGCUUUCACUUCAUUGUGGAACAGUCGCGACGGCAGCUGCACGAUCCCUCCUACCUGUGUCGCAGCUGCUUUCUCAGUUUUCACUAUGUGGACGGCCAAAAAGUUGGCCACUUCAAGGCUUAUCGCAUAUAUGAGCAUUCGGAGGAGAAAAGUGAGAACGACGAGGAAGUACCUAUAAGAGAAACUGAUGAAAAUGACAACAACGAGAUCAUAUUGGACUGAACAGGCUCCUCUCAGGCUAGAUUUAAAACAAUAGCUGAUAGUUUAGGUAAAAUACCUAUUGAACGACCCUCGUAUUUUAUUGUAAAAUAUUUUUAGAUAAAAUACAAUAAUUUAAAUAAAAUACAUACACAUUGCAACAAGA